AUGGGAGCAAAUCCAAACAAGUUAGGGUUCGUCACCUACAAGAGAAAUCGUCCCGAUCUUCGGUGGAAGAAUGCCUGGAGCGGGUUCCACCCACGACGCCGCCGCGAGGGGAAGAGGAGAAAGAUGGACGCGGAUAAAUGGGACGAUGGGGAUAUAUUCGAUAUUUUCUGGGAUGUUUUCGCGAACAAGGCGUUGAUCGCUAAACAAUCCCACGUCUCGCGAGAGGAAUCAAUCCUAGCGGUUUCAAAAGAAAAAAAGAACGAGGAUCCUGGCUCGCACUCGACCGCCUCCUCCGCUCCCUCCUCCCCCGCUCGCACUCGGACCAUACGCCGCGCCUGCUCCCCCGCUCGCCGCGCCUCCUCCCCCCGCUCGCUGCGCCGCGCCUCCUCCCGCCGCUCGUCUCGAACCCUCCCCCCACCACCGCGCCUCCUCCCGCCGCUCGCCGCGAACCCUCCCCCCGCCACCGCGCCUCCUCCCGCCGCUCGCCGCGAACCCUCCCCCCGCCACCGCGCCUCCUCCCGCCGCCCGCCGCGAACCCUCCCCGCGCCUCCUCCCGCCGCUCGCCGCGAACCCUCCCCCGUCACCGCGCCUCCUCCCGCCGCUCGCCGAAGUCUUGAUUGUGACAUACAGCCUGCGCCUCAUACGAACGUAGCAACUGUAUACCGCUGUUUCAGUUCUGGGUUUUUGACAGCCACAAGCGGGCUAAAUCUUUCCUCUGCAACCAGUGAGAUAAUCGUAAGCACGUGCCGGAUCCACAAGGCGGGGAUUGGAGGCCCCCUUGUUGAUUUUGAUGGCAACUUUGUCGGGAUGAACUCCUCUCGUACCAAAAUGGAGAAGACCGCCUACGUGCGAAGGGAGGGAAUUUUCCGAUUCUUGUUGUUUCACAGGAAGGUCAGUGUUAGAGUUAAGGAAGGGGCUGAUGAUGCUUCAAGGGCCAGAAUGAACAGUGAGAUGAAAGCAAUUAGGCCAAGUUUGAGUGCUAAGUCCGUAGGGACAUUGAGUAAAUCCAGAAAAGGUGCCUUGAGUAAGCAAGUAAUUUCCAGAUUAAGCAUGAGCGUUGUGGCGCUGACCUCAUUCGAUGGUGAUACCAAAUUACGUGAAUGCACAGGCUCAUGCAUCGAAAGCUCAUGUCCUGAUGCCACGUGUUUCCUGACAUCGAAAAAUUUGAUUCCGUAUACUUACCCUAGAAGGAAGAUCGCCGAAAGUUUGGCGAUUAAAGUACGCCUUCCUGAUGAUCAGAUUGUCACUGGUUUGAGCCUUAUAGGAAGGUAGCAGCUGUAUGGCGCUAUUAUGAUUCAGGAGAAUUAAAGACCACAAGUGGAGUAGAUCUUGCCUCUGUAUUCGCUCAAACCGAUGAGAAGAUUUUAAGCACAUGCCGAAUCCAUGAGGAAGGUCUCGAGUCCAAAUACUGUAUUCUCCUCGAGAUUACCGAGCUGAGGGCACUUCGGGUCAUUAUGUACAAAUACCUCUUCACGUCAUUAUGUAGAGUUGGAAUUGGUCAUCGUGGAAAUUGUUUACAAGACGGCAUGGUCCAUAUUUACGACCUUCAAGGUGGCCAGUGGGUGACAGGCUUCCAAGCAACUGCUGAUACUGUCAACGGUUUUUCCUUUCAUCCAUACCUUCCUCUUGCUACAACAUCAUCUGGGCACA